CUCUCCCUCCCGCCACUCUCCGCCGUCGGCCACCUCGCCAGUGGUUGCCGUCCUCGCGCCGCCGCAGCAGCCGAAUCCCCCCCGCGGUUCGGCCGGCUCGAGUCCUCGUCGCGCGGCUUGUGAUCCGCGAUCGCUCGUCGCCGUUCCGACCAGGGUUGUUCCUCGAAGCGAAAGCAAAAUGUUGCACUCUCCGAUGCUCGUUCUGAAGGACUCCUUGAAACGUGAAUCUGGAAGCAAGGUACACCAUGCUAAUAUCCAAGCAUCCAAGGCUGUUGCUGAUAUUAUCCGCACCACCUUGGGCCCAAGGUCCAUGUUGAAGAUGCUACUUGAUGCUAGUGGAGGAAUUGUUGUGACAAAUGACGGAAAUGCUAUCCUUCGUGAACUAGAUAUUGCACACCCUGCUGCAAAGUCGAUGAUUGAGCUUAGCCGCACCCAAGAUGAAGAAGUUGGAGAUGGAACAACUUCUGUCAUUGUGCUUGCUGGUGAAAUGCUCCAUGUUGCAGAAGCCUUCAUUGACAAGAAUUAUCAUCCUACUGUCAUUUGCCGUGCCUAUAACAAAGCUUUGGAGGAUGCUAUUGCCGUGCUGGAUAAAAUUGCAAUGUCAGUUGACGUUAAUGAUCGUGCUAGCAUGCUUGGCCUUGUUAAAAGUAGCAUUGGUACAAAGUUCACCAGUCAGUUUGGGGAUCUGCUUGCUGAUUUAGCUAUUGAUGCUACCACAACUGUUGGUGUGGAUCUUGGUCAAGGGCUGAGAGAAGUGGAUAUAAAAAAGUACAUAAAGGUUGAAAAAGUCCCUGGUGGACAGUUGGAGGAUUCGAGGGUUCUUAAAGGAGUUAUGUUUAAUAAGGAUGUUGUUGCUCCUGGAAAAAUGAGGAGGAAGAUUGUCAACCCACGUGUUAUUCUUCUUGAUUGCCCUCUUGAGUACAAGAAAGGCGAGAAUCAGACAAAUGCCGAGUUGGUCAAAGAAGAAGAUUGGAGCAUUCUUUUAAGAAUGGAGGAAGAGUACAUUGAGAAUUUAUGUGUGCAGAUACUGAAAUUCAAACCAGACUUGGUGAUAACAGAGAAGGGACUUGGUGAUUUGGCAUGCCAUUAUUUUAGUAAGGCUGGUGUCAGUGCCAUUAGGAGGUUGAGGAAGACUGAUAAUAACAGAAUUGCAAAGGCUUGUGGGGCCACAAUUGUUAAUAGACCAGAUGAACUGCAGGAGUCAGAUGUUGGUACUGGGGCAGGUUUGUUUGAGGUUAAGAAGAUCGGGGACGAGUUCUUUGCUUUUAUUGUUGAUUGCAAAGAUCCGAAAGCUUGUACAGUACUCUUAAGAGGUGCCAGUAAGGAUCUUUUAAAUGAAGUUGAAAGAAAUUUGCAGGAUGCCAUGUCUGUAGCAAGAAACAUCAUCAAGAAUCCAAAACUUCUUCCUGGUGGCGGAGCUACUGAGUUGACUGUUUCUGCCAUGUUGAAGCAGAAGAGUUCCUUGAUUGAAGGCAUAGAAAAGUGGCCUUAUGAAGCUGCGGCUAUCGCUUUUGAGGCUAUUCCUCGGACAUUAGCCCAGAAUUGUGGAGUGAAUGUGAUAAGAACCAUGACUGCCUUGCAGGGAAAGCAUGCAAAUGGAGAAAAUGCAUGGGUUGGCAUAGACGGAAACACUGGUGCUAUCACUGACAUGAAAGAACGGAAGAUCUGGGAUGCCUACAACGUGAAAGCACAGACAUUCAAGACGGCCAUAGAAGCUGCUUGCAUGCUUCUUAGGAUCGACGACAUCGUGAGCGGUAUCAAGAAGAAGCAGGCGCCCGGAUCUGGUCCUGCACAGAAGCCCCAGGUGGAAACCGAAGCCGAUGCCGACGGCGAGCAAAUACUCCCCGACUAGGGACCACAACGAGGGCACAUCCCAUACCCGCUUGCUUUUUUGUAUACCUCGGAUCGUCUUUUUUUUUCCAAGCGCUUUCGAACCGAGUGGGUUACCUCGAGUUUUUGAGUUGCUUUAAACAGCAGCUGAAGCUGAUUAGGAUUGUGCUAGGAUAUGUUUAUUCAAAGAUCCUUUCUGAACCUCCAUUUUGAUCUACUGCUCUCCUUUUUCUUUUAA